GACGAAGCUGCCCGCGCUCCGCGGAAAUAUAAGCGAGGCUUUGAGCAGAUCGGACCACAUUUCCUUUCAGUGUUGAUACUCUAAAGAAGAUAGCAUCAAAAUGAGUGGUCGCGGAAAAACCGGAGGCAAAGCCAGAGCUAAGGCUAAGACCCGCUCAUCCCGUGCCGGGCUUCAGUUCCCCGUGGGUCGUGUCCACAGACUGCUGCGCAAAGGCAACUAUGCGGAGCGUGUGGGAGCCGGCGCCCCCGUUUACCUGGCAGCUGUGCUCGAGUACCUGACCGCUGAGAUCCUAGAGCUGGCUGGCAACGCAGCCCGCGACAACAAGAAGACUCGCAUCAUCCCACGUCACCUGCAGCUGGCUGUGCGCAACGACGAGGAGCUCAACAAGCUCCUGGGGGGAGUCACCAUCGCUCAGGGUGGUGUGCUGCCCAACAUCCAGGCUGUGCUGCUGCCCAAGAAGACCGAGAAGCCUGUCAAGGCCAAGUAAACGCAAAGCGCUCAGCUUCACCAACAACAAAGGCUCUUUUAAGAGCCACACACUUCUCUCUGAGCAAACAUCCUUCUUCUUAUUACUGUGUCUUUAACAACUUGUGUACUGGGAGAUGUAGAUUAUGCAUCUUGAUUCAUUGUCAAGUGUACAUUCAUUCACUUCAUCUUUCACAGUAAGGGA